AUGCAAUUUACUGACAUUGUACUUUUAUUGGCCGUGUCCGCAACUGCCAGUGCGGCAGUGAUUGCACCCGAAUCAGAAACUCGAUCAUCCCAUCUAUCAAAACGUAGUCCCGGAAAAGACGUAGAACCACCACAUCAGAAUAAUGGACCAUCUAGAGCCGGACCACCUAGACGUGGACCAUCUAGAGCCGGACCACCUAGACGUGGACUACCUAGAGCCGGACCACCUAGAGCCGAACUACCUAGACGUGGACCAUCUAGAGCCGGACCACCUAGAGCCAAGCAACCUGAAGCUGGACCACCUAGACGUGAACUACCUAGACGUGGACCAUCUAAAGUCGUAUCAUCUAAAGUCGUAUCACAUAAAAACAAAUCAUAUAAAGCCGGAUCAUCUGGAGCUGGAUCAUCUAGACCAUCUAAAGCCAAGCAAACUGAAGCUGGACCAUCUAAACCUGGACCAUUUGGAGCUGGACCAUCUAAACCUGGGCCAUUUGGAGCUGGACCAUCUAAACCUGGGCCAUUUGGAGCUGGACCAUCUAGACCUCAACCAUCUGGAUUCAAACCAUCUAAACCUGGACCAUCUGGAUUCAAACCAUCUGGACCUCAGCCAUCCGACGUUAAACCAUCUGGACCUCAGUCAUCCGACGUUAAACCAUCUGGACCUCAACCAUCUGGAUUCAAACCACCUGGACCCAAACCAUCUGGAUUCAAACCAUUCGGAUUCAACCCACCUGGAUUCAACCCACCUGGACCCAAACUACCCGGAUUCAAGCCAUUCGGAUUCAACCCACCUGGACCCAAACUUGGAAUCAAAGGUUUUGGAAUCAAAAAUCUUCUAGGCAAACCGCCUAAAGCCAAGCUACCUGAAGUUGGAUCAUAUGGAACCAGAUCAUCUAAAGCCAAGGUAUCUGAAGCUGGACCAUCUGAACCUGGACCAUUUGAAGCUGAACUACCUGAAGCUGGACCAUUGGGAAGAGGUGGGAAAACCCCAAGCAAUGACGGUCUUAAUAACAAAAUAGAACAGCUCUGUAAAGAUUUAAAGACAAAGUGUCCAAAAUGCUGCGGAUACAAAGAAUGUCCAUCUUCCGAAUCAUCAGACUGUGACGAUGGUACUGAGAGUACCGAUUGGACUUAUGUUUCAAGAGACACCAUGAAGCAUAUAGUACAAAGUGGUGGUUCUAAACCAUCAUCAGAGUGCAUUGAUUGUCAACAAAUUGCUAGUAAAGCAAUCGAAGAUCUUGAAUUCGAGUGUCCCAAAGAAUCGCAGUCGAGAUCAAAAUGCAUGCUCGACAAGUUUAUGUCGAGGUUGACCAAAAACUAA